CACCCGCACCUGCUGCUGCUGAUGGCUGUGAGUGUGUCCAUUGACCUGGACAGCACAAAGCUGGUCUAUGAGAGAGUAAAUGUGGGGUCCCUGUACAGUCUGCUGCACCAAAAGCGGGAUGAGUAUCCUCUCCUACAGCUGGUUGACCUGUUAUCAGUGGUGCUACAGGUGUGUGAGGUGUUAAUGUACCUGCAUGGCCGGUCUCUGGUGCUCCGGGCCCUUUCCUCACACACUGUACUCAUUGUGCACCCUGGAAUUGCCAAGGUUACAGGCCUCGGGUUUAUUGUGCCCAGUGAGGGAACGAGCACCUACACCCCACCUCUCGUUCCUCUACCUCUCAGCCUUAUCAACUGGGCAGCUCCAGAAGUGAUCAGAUGUAGAGCAUGUACAGGAAAAGCCGAUCUCUAUAGUGUGUGCACCCUUAUACAGGAGAUCUACACAGAUGCUUUGCCAUGGGGCUCCACAGACCCACGCUGGAUAAAACGCUCGGUUGAAGCCGGUCAGGCUCUGAUAGCAAACCCUGCCGUGCCUGAGCCUUAUUACCAGUUCCUGCAGGAGGGCCUGCAACACAGAGCCCAGCACAGGACCAGCAACCUGCACGACUUGUGCUUUAAUUUACGCUGUUAUAUAAGGGAGAUAAGAAGUGAGAAUAAGAGAAGUGGAUGGAACUCAUGGUCAGCUCUUCAGAGCAUCCCUAGAUGGAACACUGACAUCAAUCAGACGAGAGAGCAGGACAAAUCUGUAUAUCAGGACAGCAGGACUGCAGUUCAUAAGGAGACCCAAGAAAAUCACCUGGAAGGAAUCUACAAAGAAGAAGAGGAGUCCACCACAGACACUGAUUACCUCCACUGGGAUAUUUCGCAUAGUGACGUCACUGCUUUGCAUGAAUGGCCAACUACCCAUCAUAUUCCACUUUCUGAGCCACCUUGUUCUAACUGUAGUGAUACAGACAAGGAUCUGGCAAUUAGCCGCUCCAUCUCAAAGCAUACUGGCUCCAUUGUUCUCAACCUUAAAGUGUCUCAGGUUCUUCUACAGCAGGCUGAACAGAGUCUGGAUAAUGUAGAGGCCACCCAAUUGGACGCUCCAUGCUUUGAUGAGGUGGAUGCUGUGAUGAAGAGGGUGAACAUGGCAAAAGAAUGCAGUGAUGGUGUUGGGAAGGCUGUGGGACCACCGUUUAAAAAUUAUAUUCCCAACUGGACCAUUAAUGGAGAUGACGAGGACAGUCAGUACAGCUCGGCUCAAGAUGAGAGCUUCGACAGCAUAUCCCUUCCUAGGAGUGUAAAGGAAGAGAACAGGGACUUGAAGAGAGUUGAAACAACAAAAAGAGGACAGCAACAGACAGGACGUCAAAAGUCAGAGAGGUUACAUGUGCGGUUUGGGUUGUCAGAGACUCAGAAAGAUGACACACACCAAUCUCUUAAAAAUCACAUCCAAACAAAACCCUCAUGGACCAGUGAGGUUAGUGAAAUGGUGGCCCUAAUGACACGUGGGUGGUUGGGGUCACCCUUGAGUGCUUUUGGCAGCAGUGACAGUGAGGAUGUAGGAGAGCAACAGCUCCACCUACAGGACAGCCAUAGUGUGAAAGGCUACCAGGAAUAUGAGAACCAGGAAAGCACUGAUCUGGAGCAUCUAUUCAAGAGUUUUGCUGGUAUUCAGAGUGAUAGUGAGGAGAGCACAAAUGACCGUACAAUCUAUCACACUUUUGAUGUGACCAACGGAGUGCUGGAGGUGACAAGCCAAACUGAGGAUGAGGGAAGUUCAGAUUGUUUGGACUGUACACAGACACAGCAGUCUAGCAUGUUCUACACACCCAAACAUCACCUGUCCAACCACACAUCAUCUGGUGAAGAGCGUUCUCAGUCACUGAGCUCAGAGGACGAGUUGGACGUCACAGUGGAGGUGUGUCGUCCAAGCACAUCUCCAGCAGAGGGAAAGCAGGCUGGUGAAAACAGUCUGAGUGAAUACCAGCUUGCUCAAGAGGACUCAACAGAAUCUGAAUCCAUUACUCCAGUGCACAGGUGUAUUCCUACCAUCAGUUGUUUGCCAGACCUGGCUGAGAUUGCAGACCUCUCCAGCAUAUCCUGUUCACCAGCCAGUCACCUUGAAUGGGUGGAGUCAGCCGAAGCCCCGCCCAUCCCUCUCAGCAGAGGACAUCCACCCUGUAACAGCACCCCACGCAGCCCAAAAGGCCAUAGGACACACCUUAGAGAUGUGCAGGGUAGCACUGAGCCCCUCCCUCACCUCCAGAGCUUAUUGGACACGUCACCAUGGGGCAGUGCUCCAUCCAAUACUGUCUGCACAGAGAGUUUCGCCACAGUCAGCGCAGGAGACAGCAGCACUACAAAUGCCUCUGUGUCCAGCAUCCUGCAGUCUCCAGUAAAAAUCAACAUCUCUAAGGAUGGAAGGGAGGAAAUAGACUCUUCAUCCAGCGGUAAUGCAGAGUUCACCACUGCCAGCUCUGGAGCCAGACAGACCACUGAGACCAGCCAGGGGCCCAGUGAAGAGACAGAGCAUCCUGCUGAGAAUAAUAAUGUGGGUGAGGAGGGAGCGGAGGUAGGUGAUGAUGACCUGUCAGACUCUGAACGUCAAUGUGAGCAAGAGUCCUCUGAUGAAAAGGUGUUUGAUGAUGAAGACAUUGCAGAGAAGAUGGAAGGAUGUGAGGGUGAAAACCCAUGUCAAAUACAUGACCUUCAUCCAGAUCACAACCCUGCUGAAAAUGCAAACUGUCAGAAAAGAGAGAAGAGUCACAGCCUUGAUGAAACUGAGAGGGCAAGCUCCACCCUUGAUGAGGAUCUACAGAGAAUGUUUUUGGAAAGAGCCACAGAACAGAGAAUCUCUAGAGACCCAGGGUCCCUCGUGUCUGACAUAAAAGGAGAGGGGGAUGUGAGAGAGGACUUGGGUUGUCCAGAAGGGCACUACAUAGAGACAGCAACAGAAUGUAUAAACAAGCUAGGAGGGAAGAUUGAGGCAGCUGAUCAGGAGAACCAUCCUAACAGCGGAGGUCUUGAGCAGACACUUCCAGAGUCAGUCAAACUGCACUGUUGAAGAGAAGCUGUUCCCGAUGUUUUGCAUCUGCAUUGUUUCCAUUUUAGAUGCUUAAGGCAUGUGGUUUGUGUUCUUUAAGUUGAAUUUACUGUUUAAUGAAGAAAAUGUUCCAAAUAUUUAGCAUCCAGACUUGUUUUUUUAUGUACAUCAACAGUUUGAGCUUUGAUGUUACUAUGGAAUACAUUUUUAAAUGUUUUCACAUGUAUUUAAAUGUUCAUGAUGUUGUUGUUACAGA